GCAGUGGUCAACGUGACUCGGUCGGAAUCACACGUCGUGUUAUCGUCCGGGUGUAGCGUAGACAGAAACUCGCCGCGUGAAUAAAUCACCGCUCGCUGAAAUCAAAAUACAUAAAAAAAUAAUUAAUUUUUCGUCGCCGUCUUACUCAUUCGCGGUCGUUCUCGACUGUAAAUCGCGUCCCAAAAAUAACGAACCUCGUCUGCGUAUUGUAAUAAUAUCGCUCUGCAGGUGACACCAUGGUACACAAAUACGCACACAAACACCGUCAACGAUCGUAAUCGAAAUUCCACGUGGAAACGUGAUCGGACUGUUGAGUGAUCUCAGCCGCAACGUCUGAUAGGAAUUAAAAACAAAAAAUUUCAAAAUCGGACACCUAAAAAAAAAAAAAAAUUACAAUAGGUAACGCGCCUGCCGUGGAGAUCCUUAUCACGCGCCGUGUCACAUAUUCGCACGGGACUUGGUUCGUAAUCACGACUUUCGCUAGGUACCAAUUUAUAUAUAAAAAAAUUACAAGUACAUAAGUACGAAAAUACACCUAAUAAUCGUACAGCGCGAUUUUCAUCAUCUAUCGACCGUUCGCUUCUGAACAAAAAUAUCAUACCUACUUAACACUCACGCAUAAUAUAAUACAUAAUAUUAUUAUUAUCGUUAUUUUACGGAGUCGUGUUGUAUACAUGUUCGUGCGAAGACGGCGGCGAUGGCGACGGUCCGAUGUCACAAUAUUACUGUGAUCGGCCACCACUGCAGGUGGACUACAAAACACCCCACACCGUCGCCAUCGCCUUAGGGCGACCACCGCACGGCGGCGCCGCCGCGGCCGUCAUGAAGUUGGACGGCAACAUGAACGUGAUGUCGCGGAGCAACACGUGGCCCGUGGUGGUGGUCCGCUUGGAACACGACGGCGGCGGCGUGCACGUGACCGACAACGGCCCGUCCGACGACGGAGGGCCGUGCACGGCCGUCACGGACGACAUGACCGGCUUGUUCGGCGGCGUCGGCGGUGGCGGCGGCCUUGGAGGCGUGGACGUCAACGGAGUCGGAGGCGGCGACGGGACGGCGGCCGACACGUGUCCGCUGGCGCCGCUGUCCGCCCGCAAACGGGCCACGCUGCAGCGGCACUACUACCCGGAGGGCGGGUGGGGUUGGGUGAUCGUGGCCACCGCGGUGGCCGUCCACGUGCUCAAUCACGGGCUGCAGCUGUCCGCGGCCGUCAUGCUGAGACCCGCGGCCGCGAAGCACGGACAGCCGGUCGUCAAUACAGGAUGGCUGGGAGCAAUGUCCACGGGAGUGGCGCUUUUGCUGUCGCCGGUGACGAUAGCGUUUUGCCGGCGGAAAUCCACAAGAUUGACGGCCGUCAUGGGCGGCCUGAUCACCGCGCUCGGAUGUCUCUUCACCAGUUUCGCCACGCAGUUCCAUCAAUUGUUCUUCAGCUACGGCACCGUCAUCGGAAUCGGAGUGGGCAUGACCAGGGAUUGUUCCACACUGAUGGUAGCACAAUAUUUUAAACGAAAACGUGAGUUCGUCGAAAUAUUCAUCGUAUCCGGCAGCGGGAUGGGCAUAGCCGUCAUGUCGAGCUUCAUCAAAGGAGCCAUAAGCGCUAUCGGCUGGCGACUUGGACUGCAGCUGGUCACCGCUACGGUGUUCACCACGUUCCUGUUGGGCACGUGUUAUAGGUCGGCAUCGCUGUACCACCCACAGAGACGGGCCAUUCUGCACCUAAAAAACCAGAAGCGGAAAAUCAAGGAUAAGAAUCGGCACGACGACCGGCCACCGUUCCUCGACUUCACCACGCUCCGAAGCAAGACUGUCCGAAUCCUGCUCGUAUCCACCGGCAUUAGUGCAUUCGGCAUAAACACUCCGAUAUUCUACCUGGCUCACCAGGCCGAAGAGGACGGACUUGGCGAUUCGGCGCUGACGCUACAGGUGCACAUGGGACUCGCGUGGACGGUGGGUUGCGUGGCGUUCGGGCUGAUCGGUCGGAACUCGGUAGAAUGUCGGAUCGCCAGACAGUACCUGUGCCAGGCAUCCGUGUUCAUGUGCGGCGUGUCCAUUUUGGCGCUGACUACGGUCCGCGGCGAUCGACAGGGGUACGUCAUGUUCGCCUGGGUGUACGGUAUGUUCUGCGGUGGGUACCAUUACUCGCUCAAGAUGUACACGUACGAGCGGGUCCGGGCACGGAACUUUGCCCGCACCUGGGGAUUCGUCCAGUGCUCGCAGGCCAUACCCAUCGCACUCGGUGUGCCCAUAUCCGGUUACAUCAACAUUGGUUAUGGCCCCAAGACGGGUUAUUACUUCAGCUCGGCGUGCGUGUUGCUCGGCAGCCUGACAAUGUUCUUCAUUGAUCUGCAUCGGCGGAACGUGGCCCGACACAAGCACAACGAGUCGGGUACAAAGAAGCUGUGCGUAUCUGACUCGUGUCCUCAGCGUCGGAGGCUGUCGUUCACCGUCGAACCUGAGGAAGUGGUGGUGAUGGAACCGCCGUUAAACAUGCAGGGAGUCGGACUCAUCGGCGGUGGAAGUGGCGGCGGUGGCGGUUUGGGGUUGAUGAUGGGCGGCGUUGGUAGUGGUAGUGGCGGCAGUGGUGGCAGUGGCGGUGGCGGCGGUGGACCCAACGACAAGCCCGAGCUGACGUGCAUCUCCGAAGAGGGUAUCGCCGACAUGGAUCUGCCCGACAACCUGCUCGACGACCUCGACUACAUCGGCGAUUGCAUCACGUCGUGCAACAAAGUGGAAAACUAUUUAAUGCUGAGCGAGUUCGAGAACAACCUGAUCGCCGAAAUGCCGGUCAUCAUGGACCGAAAGGGCCGAAGGUGGUCGUUGGCCAAACAGGCGGAAGAGGAGACACCCAGGGGCGGCAAGUGGCGGCUGGUCGCCGGACACAACAGCAGGAUGAUCACAGUCAUCGACGAGGCGUCCGUGUAAAACCGACCGCUCUUAUUGACAUUUUAUAUUCAUAUGUUGUAUUAUUAUUAUUAUUAUUAUUAUUGUUGAAUAUGUGUUCAUUUUAUUUUAUUUUAUUUUUUAUUUAUUUGUUUACUAUUAUAUUAUUUUAUUUUAUUUAAUAAAAUUUCAAAAUGACACAGUAUACCUAAAUUUCUGUUGUCGUCGACUUCACUCAAAUGUUUGUGGGCGAUCAUUUUUGUAAUCAAAAAUAGAAUAUACUCUAAGUGGAUGUUAAACAAACAAAACACAAUAUUGACGUUAUCAAACUUUUUUAAUUGUAUAAAAGUUAUUUUUUUAAUUGUACAUUAAUACAGUAGCGAGCAGUUGUCUAAACUAAAUAUGUUUGUCCCUUAAAUUAAAAUUUUUAUAUUUAAUCGAUGUUGGAUAUCUAUUAGGUAUCUACGAUAAUAUUAUAGGAACUCAUUGACGUCAUAUUACUAUAUUUAUAUUAUAAUAUUAUUAUUUCAACGAAUUUGCUUGGUUUCGAUUUUAUCCUAUUAUAUAAAACGAUAUUAUUAUAAUUAAUUAUGUCGUAAAAUUAUUGUAUAAAAUAAUUUAAUUACAUACAAUAAUGAUAUAGUACUAUUAUGUGUCAUUGGCUGAAUCUGUGAUCUAACUAAUUUAUUACUGUUAUUUGUAAAAAAAAUAUUUUUGCUUACGAUUAGUUGAAUUCAAUACAAUUUUUCAUAACUUCAAUGGUAAUAUUAUAUUGUAUAAUAUACUUUUUUUUACUUCUUAAUUUAAUAAUAACACUACUAAAACGUGACACAUAAACGUAUUAUAUGAAUUGUGAAAAGAAACAACCGCCAACGUCACAUGUACGCAUUUUGUGUUAUUUUACAUAAAACUUUAGUAAUAUGUAAGUGCCAUUUAGUAGAUCAUAUAUUAUGAUAUUUGUUAUUGUGUAUUUUUAGGGUUCUCGUUCAUCAUUUAUUAUAGUUUUUUUUUUCACUACCACAGCUUAGUUUUGUAAUGCCUUCGUAUUGUAUGAUAUUAAAAAGAUUGUUAAUUUAAAUUCAAGAAACAUUGUCAAAUACAAUUAACGAUAUCGAUACACCUAUAUUGUUAUGUGAAAAAUUCCAUAGUACGUCUUAUUAAAAUUAAAAAAAAAAAAUUAAAUUCUCAUCAAUUUUUUUUUUCAUGUAGAACAUUUCAAUAUUUCAAAACUGAAAUCACUUAAUACGUUUAAUAAGUACUUGCUUUGUGUUUAAUUAUCGUAAAAAUUUUUACGGUUUUAAACAUAUCAUCACUUCUAUAGAUGCCAAUAAUAGUUCAUUCGAUAUAUUGCAGGUCAAUCAUUAAUCAAAACAUAAAUUUUAUGUGAACGAAAACCAAAAUCCAAUACUAAAAAACACAGUUUUUAAUUAAGUGAACUCAUUAAUAAAAAAAAAAAAAAAAUGAUUUAGGUAUAAUCUAUUAUUCUAUUAUAUUACCUAUUAUUCAUGACAUCGUAUAUUCGAUAAAUACAACUUUGUAUACCAAUACGAAACAUAUUUAUAAUAACCAAAACAUAAUAAUUACCAAAUAACUAGUACUCUUAUUAAUUAUUGUACUUUUUAAAUUAAUAUUUGUAUUUAAAUUAUAGUUACAUGAAAUCCAUAAUAUAAAACGAUAUUUUUGAUUGAAAUUAUUAGUUAAAUCUUAUAAGUGUAUGUAAUUACCAUCACAAUAUUUAUUGGUUAUUUAACUAACAAAUACCUAUUAAUUUUUUAUCGUUCAUAAAUUUAGAAAAUUAUAAUAUCUUCAUUAUGUUUGUAUAAUAAUAUAAUAUUAUUAUUUUAUCAUUAACUAUUAAGGAAACGGUCUUUUUAUCGUAUCUAUAAUGUUAUGUUAAAAAGAACGUUAAAAACUAAUUUUGAAAUUCGUUCCUUACGUACAAUUAAAAUUAUUUAUUUUGUUAUCAUUACUUACAUACAUCUUAUAUUAUAAGAACCUAUGUGCAAUUUCAUCUAGCAAAAUUUAUUUUUGGUAUAGAUAAUGUUUUAUAGCAAUAUUUUUCUUAUCGCGAAUAUAAUAUUAUUAAAAUUUAAUUAUUUUAGAAGUAAAUAAAAUUAAGACAAACAAUAUCCCAAGAUUGACAUUUAGAGACACGGGAAAAAACAUCACGGAUAUCUAUGUACACAAAGUGUGUAAAACAAAUUCUAAAUGGUCUCUGAAUAGAUGGAAUUAUAAUAGUAUAUUAAUAAUUGUAUGUUCGAAUCUAAGAAAUGCAAGUUUUUAGACAUGGUUCAUUCUAGACUGAUCUUAGCAAUUUAAAUUCAAGUUAAAAUCUAUUUGUUUAUUAGUCUAUAGGUUUCCUAUAUAUUAUAUACAAUGUCGGUAUCAUGUCCGCAAAUUAAUGUGUCACAUUACUAUUUAGUCAAAUGACAAUAAUUCUUGGCAAGCACUUAACUCGCCAGCUUCUUGAUGGUAAUAACUAAAAUUUAGUUGUGUAUAUUUAGCGUUUUUCUAUAGUUAUUAAGCAUUGCAUUUUAAAUAAAUUGAAUUAGAUAAUACUUCGUCAUAAUGUUAUAAUUAUUGUAGUAACCAUUUUAUAUAUAUAAUUGUAAAGUAAUGCUGAAAGUGAUUUGUGUUUUUUAUAUUUGUCAUUAUAUAUAUAUAUAUAAAAAAAAGAAUUGGUUAUGGAUAAUGUUUUAUUAAUAAUGUCGUGUGAUUAUGUCGCGUGAACACGCUGUUUAUUGUGAUAACGUUGAUUUAAAAUUGAAGUUGAAUAAAAUUUGUACUGUACAAUUA